CUACUGUUCGUGGGAUGGGGGCAGAAGAACAGAAGUUCAAGAUCAUCUUCGAGUAUAUACCAUUCAUUGAUUGACCAUAGAGAGAACUUUCUCUUUGGGGAGAGAAGAGCAAAACACUUAGGUUUUACUGGAUGUUCAACCCAUCCUCCUCACAGCUUCCAGAAGCCAUGCGCUGAGCCAUGCCCAGGCCGGGACAGCCCCGACCAUCCUCGGGGCCUCCAAGCUUGGGGCCCUGGGAGCGGCCCGCAGAGCUAUGCUUGGAGAAGAACUAUGAGCCUCCUCACCCGCCACCAGGCCGCCGCACUCGCAGGCCCGACCCCAAAGAUCCUGGCCACCAUGGGCCGGAGAGCAUCACCUUCAUCUCGGGCUCCGCGGAUCCCGCCGCUGAACCCCCGACCUGCUGCCUGCUCUGGCGCCCCUGGGGCUGGGACUGGUGCAGGGCUGCCUUCUGCUUCCGCCGCUGCCGGGAUUGCCUUCAACGCUGUGGGGCCUGUGUGCGGGGCUGCAGCCCCUGCUUGUCUGCUGGGGUCCCCACUGAGGGGUCUGCCGAAGCCACCUGGGCCAAAGAGCACAAUGGCGUGCCCCCCAGCCCGGACCGUGCACCCCCGACCCGCCGGGAGGGCCAGCGGCUCAAGUCCACCAUGGGCAGCAGCUUCAGCUACCCUGACGUCAAGCUCAAGGGCAUCCCAGUCUACCCCUACCGCAAUACCACCUCCCCAGUCCCCGACGCGGACUCCUGCUGCAAGGAGCCCCUGGCCGAGCCCCCUCCCACACGGCACAGCCUGCCCAGCACCCUUGCCAGCAGCCCCCGCGGUUCCGAGGAGUACUACUCUUUCCACGAGUCGGACCUGGACCUGCCCGAGAUGGGCAGCGGCUCCAUGUCGAGCCGGGAAAUCGAUGUGCUUAUCUUCAAGAAGCUGACGGAGCUAUUCAGCGUACACCAGAUCGACGAGCUGGCCAAGUGCACGUCUGACACCGUGUUCCUGGAGAAAACCAGCAAGAUCUCAGACCUGAUUAGCAGCAUCACGCAGGACUACCACCUGGAUGAGCAGGACGCCGAGGGCCGCCUGGUGCGUGGCAUCAUCCGCAUCAGCACACGGAAAAGCCGCUCCCGCCCACAGACCUCCGAAGGGCGCUCUGCCCGAGCUGCUGCCCCCACCGCUGCUGCCCCCGACAGUGGCCAUGAGACCAUGGUGGGGUCUGGCCUCAGCCAGGACGAACUGACAGUGCAGAUCUCCCAGGAGACAACAGCAGAUGCCAUCGCCCGGAAGCUGAGGCCAUAUGGAGUCCCAGGGUACCCAGCCAGCCACAACUCAUCCUUCCAGGGCACGGACACAGACUCUUCAGGGGCACCCCUGUUGCAAGUGUACUGCUAACCCCAACCGGCCCAACAACCACAGCCCCUCUUGGGAGAAGGAUAGCCUACAGAGGAACCAGAACCCCGUGUGGGUCCACACAAGGGAAGUUGGACCAAGCCCAGAAGUGGUGCCCACUCUGGGUCCCCUCCUGCCUUGGCUGAUUGGUUCCUAUACCACAUGCAUUUCACAGGGCCAUAGGUGCCCUUGCAUCUCCAGCUGGCUUGACUCCUGCCUGGGCCUUUUCCUUCCUGUGGCCUGAAAUCUGAAGAAAAGCCUUGGGAGCUAGCUUCUCAGAUUAAAUCCUGGCUCCAUUCCCACAUACCACUCUAAGCAAUCAUGGAUACUCAGUAGACUGGGUUGGGGCAACAGGGCCUCUGUAUAGAAUUGUGGGCAGUGCCCGCUUGUUAUAUUCUGUUGAGCAGUUUGUUCUGAUUCUUGAAUGUUUAACAUGUUAACAUGACAUAGUUCCAA